AUGCCACCAAGUUCCUUCCGUCUAUCAUUUAUAAAGGUGCUCCAUUUGGAGAACUCUAAUGAUUCUUAUGCUCUCGUUGUCGGCUCUGAAGUAACUGACUGGAGUGAGCUGCGGCGUAACACCUCAUAUCAAGGCGAAUAUUGGGAUCGCCAUCCAAUAAUAGAAUGGUUCUGGGACGUUUUCUUCAAUGACUGUAAUUUGGAGGACAAAAAGAAAUUCCUUCGGUUUCUCACAGGCUGUGAUCGAGUGCCUAUUGUUGGCUUGAAACAUUUGAAGACAGGCUAUUGA